AUGGAGCUGGCGCCGCGGAGUUGUCCUGUGCCGCUGCUGCUGCUGCUCCUGGGCCUGAGCACGGGAGCUGUCAUCAGCUGGCCCACAAAAGAGGGCAAGGAAGUAUGGGAUUAUGUGACUGUCCGGAAGGACGCCCACAUGUUCUGGUGGCUCUAUUAUGCCACCAGUCCCAGCAAGAACUUCUCAGAACUGCCCCUGGUCAUGUGGCUUCAGGGUGGUCCAGGUGGUUCCAGCACUGGAUUUGGGAACUUUGAGGAAAUCGGGCCCCUUGACAGAGAUCUCAAACCACGAAGAACUACUUGGCUCCAGUCGGCCAGUCUCCUGUUUGUGGAUAACCCAGUGGGCACCGGGUUCAGUUAUGUGAACAAGAGUGACGCGUACACCAAAGACCUGGCCAUGGUGGCAUCAGACAUGAUGGUUCUCCUGAAGACUUUCUUUGAAUGCCACAAAGAAUUCCAGACGAUUCCAUUCUACAUUUUCUCAGAGUCCUAUGGAGGAAAAAUGGCUGCUGGCAUUGCUCUAGAACUUUAUAAGGUAACAAGGAAGAUGACUUUGUUUUGUAGUUUUCUGGUAGCAUCUUUAGGAUUCUCUUGGGUUCGUCCAGUGGAUUCAGUGCUCUCCUGGGGACCUUACUUGUACAGCAUGUCUCUUCUCGACGACCAAGGUCUGGCAGAGGUGUCUCGGGUUGCAGAGCAAGUCCUGGAUGCCAUAAAUAAGAGACUCUACAAAGAGGCCACCGAGCUGUGGGGGAAAGCAGAAAUGGUCAUUGAACAGAACACAGACGGGGUGAACUUUUAUAACAUCUUAACUAAGGCGACUCCCACGUCUACCGUGAAAUCGAGUCUAGAAUUCACCCAGAGCCACAUAGUUCAUCUUUUCCAGCACCACGUGAGACACUUACAGCAGGAUGCUUUAAGUCAGCUCAUGAAUGGUCCCAUCAGAAAGAAGCUCAAAAUUAUUCCUGAAGAUUGCUCCUGGGGAGGCCAGGCUGCCAGCGUCUUCCUGAACAUGGAGGGGGACUUCAUGAAGCCAGUCAUCAGCAUUGUGGACGAGCUGCUGGAAGCCGGGGUCAAUGUGACCGUGUAUAAUGGACAGCUUGACCUCAUCGUGGACACCAUGGGUCAGGAGGCCUGGGUGCGAAAACUGAAGUGGGCAGAACUGCCCAAAUUCAGUCAGCUGAAGUGGAAGCCCCUGCACAGUGACCCUAAGACUUCAGAAACGUCUGCCUUUGUCAAGUCCCACAAGAACCUGGCUUUCUACUGGAUUCUCAGAGCUGGACACAUGGUUCCUUCCGACCAAGGGGACAUGGCUCUGCAGAUGAUGAGGCUGGUGACUCAGCAAGAAUAG